AUGGAGCCAGGACAAUUUCGUGAAAAAGAAUUCCAUCGAAAACUUGACGUCAUGAGUAUCCUGUCACAUUUCAUUGAGCCAGGAGAAGAGCAAUAUGGUCAGGGCGACGAAGGAAGGGACAGUGCAGUAUCCUUCACGCCUUCUCAGUACAAAACACAACUCCUUAUGUCGACAGAGGAUCGGCUCGAAAUUCUGGCGACUGCAAAAACACAGUUCUUAUAUCCCAGCGAGCUUAAAGUGACGCCAAGCAUCGUAAUUUUCCAACAGUUUCUUGCUAAAAAGAAAUACAAUACCACAAUUACAAUCAUAAAUACAGAUACGGAGUCGCAUUUUGUUAAAGUUGUACCAGGAUAUAGCCCAGUAUUUUCAAUUGAGUUCAAGGGGUCGAUUUUUAACACUAAAGUGGCACCUGGAAUGUCUCAUAUUUAUAACGUCAAAUUUUCUCCAGACGACACCAAAGAUUAUGAUUAUCAAUUGAAUAUAUCGACUGAUCUAGGAUUUUUUUCGGUUCCAAUAAUUGCUCUAGGUCCCAAACCCAUCCUAAACUUUCCGGACAUCAUCACCCUUCCACCCACAGCCGUGAAAAUCCCCUCCGCAAUACCGCUCACUGUCCAAAACCUCGGGAGCGCCCCAGCAGUCUUCAAGCUAUUGUCACUGAGCCCUCAAUUCUCGAUCAAACCCUCUAACGGGAUCCUGAACCCUCACAAAAACCUCCAAUUCACAUUAAACUUCAUGGCUCCAUCCCUCGGAAACUUCACAGGUCUAUUCUUUCUUAAAUACGAAACAGGAGAACUAAUAAGGAUUAGGACCCAAGGAUCCACUACCAAUUGCAGAAUCAGUUUGACCACCGAAAAUCUCGCGAUGGAGGACACAUUCCUAGGAUUAUCUACUGACAAAACCAUAAAAAUCUUCAACGACAGUGACUACACCCUGGACUACCAAUGGAUGCGGUUCCAGAACCUUCUGGAAGACAACGAAGAGAAGGAGAAAUUCUCCGAAAUCUUCGCAACCGCAACAGACACAGAGACCCUCCGUUACACAAAUCUUGAAUACUUCGACAUUUGCAACUCUGAAAUCCACGAAAAAACGUGUGAGAGAAUCCUCCAGGACGAAAUAACAUGCCUCACCACCGAAGACUUCCUCUUUUCCUCUAAAAAUUUCGUUUUAUGUCCAACAAGCGGCAAAAUCUGGCCCAGAUCUUCCACCCAAGUUCUAGUGACAUUCCAGCCUCAGGUCAUGGGGGAAAUCGCAAUUACAGCUUUUCUAGAAAUUUCCGGAAGUGAACAAAGACUUCCCUUAAAUAUAUCUGGAAUCUGCAGAGGUCCAGAAAUCAAACUUAAUACAUCGGCAAUAGAAAUAGAGAAGAUCUACCUCUGCUCCACCCAGAACAUUGAAAUCAUCAGUUCCAACGUGGGGUUCAUCCCCGGGACUCUAGUUCACAGAGAAAAGCCUUCGGACUUCAGUGCAGUUAUCAGAGUUUCUCCGCAGUCUCAUGAACUCUAUCCGAACGAAUACAAAUCUUUUAAUCUAUCAUUCACGCCGUCAAGAACUGGAGAAUUCGUCGAGAGGGUUGACUUCAUCAUUGAGGAGAGUUCAGAAGUCAUGUCGGUGUACGUUACGGGCCACAGCAUCUGCCCCAAGCUUUAUUUCGAUAAACCCUCGAUUGACCUAGGAGUCACUGGAGUCAGCUUCACGUCCACUGAAGAAGUCACUUUGCAGAAUCGAACGACAGUUCCAGUGAAAUACAGGCUGCUAAUACCAGACGAUGUGGAAAAACCUCCAAUGAUAUUCAACGCUUUUCGACUCUCAAAUGCGUCGACCAAUGAAUCCACUUCCAGUUCAAUUUCUCGAGAAUUCUCGAUAUCUCCGAAUCAAAGACUUCUGGAGCCUCAAUCAUCGGCAAAAAUAAUGGUAGAAUUUACUCCAACUGUUGCGAGAGGAAGAAGACGGAAUAAUCUGACGAUCGAGGUGGAAGGCUCUGAUGGGGUCCAACAGGUCCUUCCGAUUUUUUAUCAAUCCAAAGUCCCUGUUUUUGAGAUUGAACCCAGCGGCGUUAAUCUUCGCUCAUGCUUCAUUAAUUUUCCCUAUACUAUUUCAUUCAGCAUAAAAAACGAGUCUGAUGUCGAUGGAUUCUGCUAUUUCCCCAGGCAAUCUUGUUCAGAGAGAUCCGGAAUAUUCUAUUCGUUGUCCAGGAGUCAGUGGCAUUUAAAACCAAAAGAAUCGAAGAAAGCUUCAAUCACGUUGAUUAUUAGAUCGAUUGGGCAACAGCCGAUGGAGUUGUGUUUGUUGACACGUGGGGGAAAGAGCCAAAAGUACUUCCCAAUUAUCUGUGAGGGACAGGGACCUCGGAUUUCGGUUCAACCCACUCAUCUGGACUUUGGAGACGUGAAAGUUCUUGAGACAACAUCAAAAAAUCUGAAGAUCAUCAACGAUUCUCCAAUACCUGCAGAUGUAAAAGUUUUUCUGAAGGACAAAACAUCACCCUGGACGGUGUCUUCACCAUCUACAGAAGUUUCAGCUCUGAAAUCAAUGGACAUUGAUGUUGAAUUGAUGUUGAGAGACCCUGGAACUCACUCUGACAAACUGAUCCUUCAAAUUCUGCACAGACCUUCAAUUUCUGUAGAAUUAUCAGCUGUCGGCACUGGAUCUUCCGUCAUUUUCGAUCCUGUAAUCUUUCCUGAAUUUUCAUUCGGAGUUUUGUUGACGCAUCAAGAUAACAUUCGAAAGAUUAUAAUUAAAAAUGAAGGAACUAAAAUCCAAAAAUUGUCUUUCUCUAAUAAUUUGGAGGUCAAAAAUGUAAAAAGUCCGCCAACAUCAUCAACAUUUUUCAUUGAGCCAUUUACGUUUGAGUUGGGCCCAGACGCAGCUCGAGAAAUUAAAGUUCUCGCUCAGUCUGAGGCACCCGGAGAUGUGCUGGAGCACUGGUGGAUUCAUGCGAUGGCUGAAGGUCAACAAAGACGAGAAAUCCUAGGAGAAAGUGUCUUCUCGGCUACCUUCGUUGUUCCUGCAAUUAAAGUGAACAAGAAGCUGCUCAAUUUUUUCGUCAAUGUUGGGGCUGAUGAGGAGAGUUGCUCAGAGGAACUCACAAAGGAAUUUGAAAUCAGUAAUAGUUCGGGUUUGAUGCUGCAUGUGAAGAUUUUGACGUCUGGAAGGUUCAGAAUUGUUGGGGAGGAAGAGUCAACGGUGCAGAUGAUGAAUAUCGUCAUCUAUGAUGAUGAUACUAGAUUGGUCAAAGUAUUUUUCGUGCCCGAAGAGGAGGAAAAUGAUUUCUUGUCGAAGGUUUACGAUGGCAGGGUGAGGAUUGAGUACGAUGGAAGCUUCAACGGGAUCAAUAUCAGGUGUAAAGCCUCCGUGAAUUACCCUAAUGUCACUCUUACUUCGAAAGAACUGGAGUUUGAUGCUAUUUUCGGAAAUAACUGCGAGCGCCGUUUAAUUAUGAGAAACGAAGGACCUGUUCCAGUCCACUUUAAUCUUUCUUGGGAUAAAAAUAGUGUUAAGAAGCAUUUGAUUGAAUCUCGAACACCUUCGGAUGAAUGUGAGAUUAAUUCUGAAGAAGAUUUUGAGGAGAACAACGCUGAUGCGGACGAAGAAUGUGGGAAACAUGGGGAAUUUAUCAAGGAAUCAAUCAACGAUUUAUUUACUCUUGUAAAAACAAAAGGAAUGAUUCCACCAAAUUCAGAAGAAAUCAUUGUCCUUAAUUUUUCUGCCAGACGUCCGAUGAAUCUCAAAGCUCAGUUGCUUUGUGAAGUUCUCAGUGGUCGGAACGAAGUCAUUAAAAUUAAUGCGAGAACUGAUUUUGUGAGAUAUCAUUUGACCCCGAAAAUGAUUGACUUCGGGUUUCAAAAUAUUCUGACUGAAGUUGAUGAGGUUUUAUUCCUCGAUAAUUCAUGCGAAAUGAAUCUCUCCUUCAAAGUCGAUCGCAGAGAAGAUUUUGAAAAUGCAAAAGGAAUAUUGGAGAUUAUUCCGAGCGAGGGAAUUAUCACUCGAAAGUCAAAGAUUGAGUUUAAAGUGCUUUAUCAAUGUUUAAUUUCUGGAAAUUUCGAGGAAAUUUUCACAAUUCGAAUAGAGAAUUCAUCGAUAAAUAAUAUAACUGUUCGAGGAUGUGCGAUUCUCCCACAAAUUUACUUGGAUUUAUUCCACAAUUGGGCAGAAAAAAAUUAUCCUUCAGCCAAAGAAUAUUGUGCACUGCAGUCUCUGGAUGAUUUCACCCAAAUCGGAGAAGACUUUUCAGUGGAGUUGAUCAGAAGUCAUCACCGAUUGACUGAGGACAAUUGGACCAUUAUUUACCCCAACGAAUGCUUCCAAACACGCCUCGACAUCGACAUGAGAAUUGAACAAUUUUUGGCAACAGAAUUCAUAAAAGCGAAUCGUUCAUUUCUUCUAUCAACCCUUAAAGUCCACAAACCGGGGCCGAUUCCUUAUUUAUACUCUGCAGAAUACAUUUUAGACAUGAAUUGCCUGAUCGCAGGUCAAUUAAUUCAUCAAUCAUUAAUCAUCUACAAUUACUCACCUCAGAAAAUCUCGAUUAGAAUGAAGCCACCGGAGAAGAAGAAUUACUUAUCAAGAUAUGGAAUUAUUGUGAAGUUCAGGGAUCAAGUGACUUUGAUGCCUCGAGAAUUCUGCAAGCUUGACAUCAGCAUCAACCCUCCAUGCGACAUUUUCGCUGAAAACACCCAAAAAAUAAAGAGGAAAGUUUAUUUAGAAGUUACAAACGGCUGCACAGUUCCUAUCUCCAUUAUUGGAACUGUUACAUUUCCUCUUUUAAAGCUAAAUACACCUGUUCUGAACUUUGGAGACGUUAUCAUCGGAAACUGUAAAGUCAUGACCUUCGCAAUUCAAAAUAGUGGAAUUGUGGACUGUAAAUGGCGGAUUAUAAUGUAUUCUGAAGCUAAACCAACAGACUUUCCUUUCAGCCUGUCUGACGCAACUGGAACUUAUUCUCCUGGAGAGUCUGGCGUCAUCUCUGGUUAUUUCAAACCUAGGAGGAGAGGAAGUUAUGAAGUGGAAGUUGUUUUCGAGGUUGUUGAAGGAAGGAAGGAGAGUUUGAAGUUGAUGGGUCGUGGUAUUGAUCAGAAAUUGAGAAUCAGUGAAGGGAGUAUCAUCUUUGCGCCCGGAGUUCCUGGGGCUACGAGUGAGAAGAAGGAAUUCAGUGUUAAGAAUUUAUCGAAGAGUCCUUUGGAGUUUGCAUGGCAGCAUUUGGAUAAAGUGGGGGUAGUGGAGGAGAGAGUUAUGAGGGUUUUGAUGCAUUAUUAUGGGAGCAAGGAGAUUCUGUUGCCUGUGAGACAGUUGGGGUCUGCUCUACCCAAGAAAAUUUAUGAAUUUUAUGAGGAAUUGGUAACAGAAAUGAAAUCUCAUUUUUGCAAUGAUGUUGGAGAUGAAUUACAGGGUUCAGCUGUUGGAAAUGAAAAUAUUGGAAGUUCAACUGAGAAAGGGAACUCUGCACUAAUUAAUGAAGAAGAAGGAACAGAAUCAUUACAGGUUGAUGAGAAACAGAAAAAUCAGAAAGAUUCAGGUUCAGGACUUUUCAAGGAGAAAAAUUCAGUUCCGGCUCAGCGAAUAUCAAAAAAUGGAUCUAUUAAUGGUGAGAUGAAACAAUUAUCUGAAAUUGAGAAAACUCCAGAGGAAAUAGGUGAUUUGUUGCAUAAUUAUAUUGAUAGACUCCACGAAGAUUUGGAGUUUGCAAAAAAAAUGAAAGAUCCUGUUUCAGCGAUUUUUGCUGAAUUGAAUUCGCCUACUGAAAAUUCUGAACUGGAUGAGAAAGUGAAUAUUCCGAAGGAUAAGAGUUUUAUAAUUUUCUAUGGAGCUCCUUUCACGAAGUAUCAAGAGACAGCAUGCAAAACUGCGAAACUACUUGAUAUCCCUCUUCUAAAUCUGGAUUCUGAAAUAACUAGAGCAAUCGCAACAGGAGAAUCCUCCACUUCCUCAAAAGUUAGAAGAAUAAUUGAUGAAAAAUAUGAAGAAUUAUUGAUGAAGGCUCAGAAAUUCAUUCAAGAUGAUGACUUGACAUCAAGGAGAGAUAACUCCGAAAGAGCUCUAGAUCGUGAAGAAACUGAAGAUUAUCUAAAAGGAAAUGUUGAUUACACUUUCGUCAAUCCUCCCGAUCCUCUCAUUUCUUUCAGGAAAAUUCCAGACUCAGAAGAAUUAGAAAUAUUGGAUGUUUUGAGUCAAUACGAGUACAAAAUUGACGCUAUAAAUUCAUUACAAAAGAUCCUAGAAAAAUCCGAAGGAGUCGCGAAGGGAAAAUUGAAAGUGAAGGGGGCUGAAAAAAAUUUAAAAAGUAUCAAAACAACACAGAAAGAAACAUUGGUGAGCAUUGAAGUCGAUUCAUUUACCGAAAUAUUAAAAGAAAUUUUGAUGAAGGAAGAAUUUAAAGAUGGAUUCGUUCUCCAAACCUUAAAUAACGCUUUCAUAGAUGACCACUCGACUACUUUCUCAAAAAUUAUAGAGUCAAUACCCCCAGAAUCCCUCACAUUUAUAAAUUUCCAUAAUUCUGUGGAAACUUAUCAACAAAAAGUCACGGAGAAAAGAGAUCAACUCGCAAAAGAGGAGAACGACAAAUUAUUAUUACAACUUAAAGUGAUGGAUGAAAUGUCCCUAUCAGAGUUUGAAGGGCUUUCGGAAGAUGAUAAGAAUCUAUUCUUUGAGAAAGUUCAGCGACCGAGGAUCGAAGAAGCUCGAGAGCGACGUGAGAAGUUCAAAAAGAAAAUAUCAAAAUCGAAAAGCGAAGAAGAAUCCCCCAAAUCUCCCAAUUUUUUCCCCGAAGACACGCAAUCUUUAUCAUCACCAGCACCCGCACCAGCUGAUAAACCCAAAAAAUCUUGGAAAAAGAAAGGUCAAGCGCCAGCUAAAGAUAGAAAAUCAAGUGGAGAUGCAAAAAGCGAUAAAAAACAAGGGAAAAUUGAAAAUGGAGAAAGGAGCAGCCGAAAAGAAAAGCAAGUAGAAAAAACAUCACAUGACCAGAUGGUCGCUGAAGCUAUGGAGCUUUACAACAGGAAUGUAGACACAAUUAAAUCAAUGAUCGAUGAUAAAUCGAACACUUGGCUGGCUGCCUUCCCCGACCCAUGGGAUCCAACAAAUUAUGACUUCAUAAUUGAUCAAAUUUGUCAAAACGUUCCGAAAAAGGAGACUAAAUCGACAGAAAUUCAAAAUUUUGUUCCUCAAAUCGAAGAGAAAAUGUAUUCUCUUUAUAGCUACAAUAGAAAUAAACGAUUUUUCUCAACUUUGCCUGAUGAAGUUCCCUUCCAGAUUGAAAACAUUCACGAAAGUGAUGAAGGAACUGUGGAUUCUCGAACUAUUUUAGACCCAGGCGAAGCAAAACGUUUUAAAGUUGUAUUUAAUCCCCAAGAAACUGGGGAACUUCAUCAAGAUUUUUUGCUGAAUAUCAUUGGAAAUAAUAACCAGGUGCAUCGAAUCAGCUUAUCUGGAAUUGCUGAUAUUCCUCGCUUGAACAUGGACCCGAAAUCGAUAUUCACAAGAAUAAAAGAAACAAAAGUCGAUGAAAUUCAUGAUCCGACAUUUUUCGUGGACACGAAAACCUUCGAUUUUGGAUUUUUACUGACUCCAGAGAACGACAAGAAAGAAGCAAGAGUUCAUCACAAGAUUUCUAAAUUAAAUUUUGCUAAUUGUUCACUGAUAAACGUUGAUGUUCAGUUUUCGUUGCUGAAUGGACACUCAAAAGCCUUUUCUCUUAAUAAAUCAUCAGCUUCAGUUCCUCCGGGAGAGAAAGAAGUCCUUACCAUAAUGGCUACAGCCCCUCAGCUGGGUCCCAACACUGAUAAAUUGCUGGUAAAAAUUUUAAAUAAUCCCCAAGUUGAAGAAAUAAUCUUAAAAUCCUCUGGAUGCCAGUUGGACAUCGAAAUUGAUGGAAAAAUCCUGAACUUUGGGCGAAUUUUGUUGUACAGAAAAGACUGCAGGAGAGUUAUAUUGAAAAAUAAAACUCCAAUUCGAGUAUUUUGGAGGAUUAUGGAAUCCAAUGACGAAAGUGAAAUCAACUCUCAAAUAUCUUUUUCAUCAUCUUCCGGAGUAAUCGAACCGCUGAAUGAAACUCAUUUUGAUAUUUAUUUCCACGGACAACUCGUUGGCAUCAUCGACAAGGAAUCAAUCCGAUUGGGCAUAUUUUUAUUUGAAAAUGACGAAGAAUCAUUACUAACUGAAAAUAUCAAAAUUUCUGCUGAAGUUUAUGACGUUUCUGUGGACGUCAACGGUGCAAAUCCAAUUGAUCUAAAAACUCUGAAAAUAGGAGAGAAAGCUUCCGAAGUUUUUUCGCUGAAGAAUCGAGGACAGUAUGAUAUAAAUUUCGUCAUAGAACUUGAAAGACUCAAAAAACUCUCGGGACUCGAUAAAAAAUUAUUCAGAAAUUUCAAUGAACAUCUGAAGAUAAAUCCUCUAGCUGGAACUCUAGUUCGAGACAAAUUAACAUCAAUAAAUCUAGAGUUCACACCUAAAAUGGAAAUAAAAUUGAAAAAUUUUCCAAUUAUGAAAUGCAAUCUCUUCGAUAUUUCGAAAGAUGCCGCACUAAUUGCAGAAAUACCUUUAACAAUUUCAAUUACCGCUCAAUACUCGAAAUUCACUAUCGAACCUUACCCAGAAUUAUUUUGCGGUUCAAUCCCCAUCUACACCCACAAAACUACGUUUUUCUCCAUCAGAAACACCGGAAUUUUUCCAGUCGAAUACACAAUCGCUUCGAAAUCUUUCCAAACCACCGAAGCAGCGGAAAUAACAGAGAUUUUUCCUCCGAAACUUCCAAAAAAUAUAGCCAAGAAGAAAAGAAAAAGAUCAAUCGUUGAUAUUCCCUCAAAGAACUCAAAAAAAUCCCCAAUACCAUCGACAUCCGAGAACAAUCCCUUGAAUAUUGGCCCCUUCACUCUAAUCAAACAAGAAGGAACAAUAGCUGUUGGAAAGAUGACUGAAAUCACAAUUGAUUGUUAUCCAGAAGUGGAAGGAAAAUUAAGUAACGAUGUCUACAUAAAAUGUUCUAAUUCCCCUCCUGAAAACCAGAGUGGGCGCCCAUUGAUCCUCAAUUUAGACUCCUGCAUACCGACAAUUAAUUUCGAUGACUUCACAUCGAUUUUUUAUCAGAGCCAUAUUGCAGAGACAAUCGAUAAUUUUUCCUGUACGUUUGACGAUUCCCAUUCAAUUUUCUCGAAAGAAGACAGAACUCUCUAUUUUGAAAAAGUCAUUGUUUCGAAUAUUCAUGAAGUUGGGUUGAAGUUAUAUAAUCCUGGCUUGGUUCCAGCGGAAGUUAAAAUGACCCUUCAGUCGAAAGGGAUUAAUGAAAAAGCUGAUGUCUUUGACAUUGAACCUCGAAGAGAGAUGAUUCCGCCAAUGAGCAGUCGAAUUUUCACGGUGUCUUUCACUCCGGCCUGCAUGGAGAAUUAUUCCUGCAUCCUGGAAGCAACAGUUGUCCUUCCAGAUCACCUAGAGUCUCAAAAGCUCUCUGUGAAAUUGAGUGGAGAGGGCUGCAUUCCAGAAAUCACUUUCAUAGAGCCGAGCCACUUAUGCAAAUAUGGAAAUGCUUCUUUGGAUUUUGGAAAAUCUCUGUUGGGAGAGACCCAGACUGAAACUAUUGUUCUCAAAAAUACUGGAAAAGUCAACGCUAAAAUUAUCGCGGAAAUCGCUGAUGAUAUUCGUUCUCUCUACUAUUUAAAAAUUGGUGAUGCUGGAAGAGAUAUCCACGGAGUACACGAUUUGAGAAAUAAUUUUGUAGAGAUUAUUUGCAACUGUGGAGACACGUCAAAAAUUUCUGUAGUAUUUGAAGCAAGAGAAAUUGGAAUUUUUGAAGCUCUUGUUCGAAUUUUUGUGAGCGAUAAUCCUUACGAAAUUACAAAUAUUGAUCUGAAGGCUGAGGGGUUCAUUGAGUCUGUGGUUAUCAAAGGUUUAGCUUUGACGGAAGGGUUUCGAGAUAAUAGAAUUGUGGAGGAAGAUAAGUUUGUCGUUUCAAGUGAGGAAAAGGGAAAAUAUAAAAAGAAGAAAGGUGGCAUAACUAAGAAAAGGAAGAAAUCUUCUCCUAUGGCGGAAGCCAUUGUUGAAGAUGCUUCAAGAUCUGUGACUUUGGCUUAUGAACUUCGUGUUGGAAUUUGCUGUGUGGAAGAAGAACGAGUUCUGGAAUUCGACAUCCUUUUGGAGAUUUCUGAAGAAUUUCUCGUCAGCUGGGAUGACCAACAGACAACUGUUGCCGUGGAGGAGGUUAUUGAGUCAAAUUCGGAGGAGGGAAGUUGUGAAGGGGAUAAUUAUGUAGUUUUGAGGGAGAUUAAUUAUCGUACGGAAGAACCUCAUUACGAAUUGAUUCGCAAAGACUCAGAAAUCAUUCAGUUGGUGGUCUCUGCUGUGGCCGCUUGGACUACUUAUUAUUGUCCAGUGGAGGAAAUCAAUUUUGAAGAUACUUUCGUACUUGAGAAAAGAAAUUUCACCUUUGAAUUGACGAAUCCCGGAAUCAUCAACGUAAUUUACUCAUGGAAGAUUAUCGAUGAUAAUCAUCAUUCCAUGAAUUAUUUCGAAAAACAGCCAAAUGACAAUUCCCAGAAUUCCCUCGAUUCUAUUGAAGAAUUUAAUUACGAGAACAAGACACAGCACUGGAGAGCGGAUGUCAGUAUCGAAUAUGAAUUGGCAAUAAUCUCAAGGUGUUUUAAAAUUCUCCCUGAAACCGGAGUAAUACUUCCAAAUCAAGCAACCGAGUUUCAUCUCACAUUUUCACCUGAAGAGGAAACACAAUACAAUGCAAGCCUCCUCUGCGAGAUCGCCUAUCUCGAACCACAAAUCCCUCAGUUGAAAAUCCCAAUCAGCGGAAAGGCUCUUCUCCCGCAUUAUCACUUCGAAAUCCCUGAAUUCGGAAAUGACUAUUUGAACACGAUUAAAAAUGUCGAGAAUUUACCAGAAAAUAUUCAAAUAGUAGAAUUCAGAGUCAUUGGAGUUGGAGGUCACCACACAAAGCAAUUUAAUUUAAUUAAUCCCACAGAUGAUUCAUAUAAAUUCAGAUGGAAAGAGGAAACACUUAGAAUAAUUAAAAAUGCUCAGAAAUUCCCGUAUUUUCAUUGUGAAAGUGUCAAAGGAAUUGCAGCAGUGAGGGAAAAAACGCAAAUGUCAUUUUCAUUUUUUGCGAAAGAUGUUGGGACUUUCGAGUCUUUAUGGGAGUUUUGUAUUGAUGAAUAUGAAAUAACAGUACCUUUCCUGUUAGUGGGAGUCGUAUCGGAGCCCCAGAUCACCUGCUGUCCAUUGAGAGUAGAGCUGAGGCCGACGGUCGCAGGUAAUUCAAUCGAUUUCAAGAUAAUAAUAGUAAUAAUCAUGGCAAUGGACUUUGACGCGUUUUGCGCUAAUUUUAAAGGAGAUGUAGUCCAGGAAUCUAUUAUACUUACGAAUUAUGAGGAAAAUUCGUUGGACUUUUCUGCGGUCAGAAAUUCGUUGUUUUCGAAGGGAGGAUUACAGCGAUUAUUCGUGGAACCGAUGAGUGGAAGUUUAAUGCCGAAGGAUGAAAAAUCAUUGAUGAAAAUAGUAUUUUUCGUCACUGCGGCGAAGACAAUUUUCCAGGCGAAUAUGUGGUUGCAGGACAUGCCGAAGAUAAUAAAAGGUCCAAUAUUCACGAUAUUAUUGAACGCCUCAGCGAAAUCUCCAUCUGUAGAAUUCAGCUUUACGCAGCACGACUUCGGGGCAUGUUAUAUCAGAGACCAAUCACAGCCCUACGAAGUUAUUCUAGGAAUUUCAAAUAAUGAGGAAACACCUGCCAUAGUAGAAGUUCAGGCAGAAAAUUUACAGAAUUUCAUAGUCAACAGUGGUCCUCUUUCUCAAGCAAUUUCUACUCAAAAUCCAAUCUCUGUGCCUAUUUAUUUUCAACCUGUGGACGAACAGAAAUAUGAAGAGUAUUUAACAUUUAUUGUGAACUCUACGAUUGACAAGAGAAUAACAUUGCGGGGCGAAGGAAUUUUUCAUAAAUAUUUCCCUGGCGAAAAAAUUGAAAGCGCUUAA